CACCACCACCACUACUUUACUUACCAUUGAACUAUUUCUCCCCGCUUCAUCAUCUCCUCGUCCUUAAUCCACGGCGAAUCUACAACCAUCCUCUCACAAUCCUCGUCGCGGCUUCAUAACCGUUUUUCAAUCACACACACAUCGCCUUUUCACCUCGACUCCAUCUCCAAUCCAAUCUCUCGAUCCCUCGAUCCCUCGAUCCUCGAUCUUCGAUCUCUCGGCCACCUUCUUCCCUCCGAACCCCAAAGGAUGAGUCUUAGUUGACGUCGGCACUCAAAAGAUCGACCACAACCAUGAUUCAAACACAGCAUCUGUACUCGCAUCAGCAGCAGUACAGCCAACACGAGUCAACCUGGCAACAUGCCGGCCCUCAGCAAGGCAUGAAUCACGGAUCUCAGCAAGCUCAGGCCCAGGCGGCUGCAGCUGCUGUGGCCGCGGCCCAGCAACAACAUUACACGCGCAUCGCCAUGAACCAGAACCACAACUCUUCUCACACUCAAGCUGGUAAUCGACAGAGCUCAGGCGACAACGCACAAAACAACAUGGGCGCUUCCCUCAUGAACGACCGCGGCUCGCCGGGUCAGGACGAUGAAAAUCGCAAAGUCUUACAAUGGGUGUCGGAGCUCAUGGAUCCUAAUCGGAGAGAGGGUGCAUUGAUGGAGUUGAGCAAGAAGAGAGAACAAGUCCCCGAACUCGCUCUGGUCCUUUGGCACAGCUUUGGUGUCAUGACUAGCUUGCUUCAAGAAAUCAUUUCGGUCUAUCCUCUCUUGAAUCCCAGCCAGCUCACUGCGGCGGCCAGCAAUCGUGUCUGCAAUGCCCUUGCUCUCCUCCAAUGUGUCGCCAGCCACAAUGAGACUCGAGGUCUGUUCUUGACUGCGCACAUUCCACUGUUCCUCUAUCCUUUCCUCAACACUACUUCCAAGUCGCGUCCUUUCGAAUAUCUCCGCCUUACAUCGUUGGGUGUCAUUGGAGCCUUGGUCAAGAAUGAGCCAUCUGCCAGCGUUUCCAUGAACCCCAGUGGAACUCCCGGUAACAACAACAAUUCUUCCCCGACGAUUACGUUCCUCUUGACGACCGAGAUCAUUCCACUCUGCCUCCGUAUUAUGGAGACCGGCAGUGAGCUCUCCAAGACGGUUGCGAUCUUCAUCGUCCAGAAGAUUCUGCUCGACGACACUGGUCUGGGGUACAUCUGCGCCACAUAUGAGAGAUUCUACGCCGUGGGUACGGUCUUGAGCAAUAUGGUCAUUGGCCUUGUCGAAACUCAAACCGUCCGUCUUCUCAAGCAUGUUGUUCGAUGUUUCUUGAGGUUGAGCGACAACAAUCGUGCUCGUCAGGCACUUCGCCAAUGUCUUCCGGAGCCUCUUCGCGACGCAACCUUUUCCAACGUUCUUCGAGACGAUGCCGCGACCAAACGCUGCCUUGCUCAACUUCUCAUCAACUUGAGUGACACGGUCACAGACACUCAGAACGACCAAUUCGAGUGAAGCACAUCGGCCGAUCUUGCUUGACCUGUGGCUCGAUUCCUAUCUGCUUUGCCAAGACACGACAUGAUACCCUUGAUCAAGGUGACGAAUCUUAUUUUCUCUCUCUUUUCAGCAUUGCGAGCGGCGACAAACGAACACCAAAGAACAUAACAUGAACUUGGACAAUUGGAGUACUUGGCGGGGUCUUUUUUCCAACCUUCUUCUUUUCCGCGGGACGAUAAGUCGAAUCAACAUAGAAAUCAGAUACCCAUAUGGAUCUUGGCUGCAUGAUUUUCUUGAGCGAAAGUCAACGCUUUAUGAUCCAACGACGAAGAGGAUUUUCCUUCUCAGGAAGAGGAAAUGUAACAAGAUGCAUGGUUUGGGGGUUCAGCUGAAACUGGCUGGGAGUUGAGACAGAAAAGUUCUUGAUUGGUGGCGGUGAUUUUUUUAUUUUAUGGUUUCUUCUUCUUCUUUACACUACUCGCAUUGGGGGCAAACAGAACAGCGUUCUAUGGCUCUAUGUUAUCAUACUGCAAACAAAUCCCUCUCUUUUUGCCUAAUCCUAGCAAGAUGGAAACAAAGGCUUGAUCAUUUUUGGAUCGUCAAGUGGUGCAGGGUUUUGAGUCUGCGGAUUUGGCCAUGAGCGUCAGGCGCAGCUUCCAACAUACACAGAGGCAGGCAAGACCUUAACUUGGGUAUCUACCUCGUUAAAGAAAGUGAGGCUACAACGCAAGUCCAAUGACUUAAGCUACCUAAAUCACUUUCAAUGAUUCAUGUAACGGCAUGAUGGAAUGCGGUUAUACAUGUCCUGCACACACGCGCGCGCACACACACACACACACAUACUACAAAGGACCUUGCGUGUGUGUCUCUACAAGGCGCAAGACAAGAAGUACUAGCUGUUGCUAGCUAGCUACAUCGGACGCAAGGUCGAGUUGGGCGCAAGAUGGGUGUGAAAUAUAAAGAUCGAGGAGAGGAGAGACACGAAGUAUCGAUCUUGAUAUUGUCAGUUGUCUUUUUUUGGCAGAGCUUUUUUGGAAUCUGUUUUUUUAUGUUUCUCUCUUUUUUUUCCGUCCUUUUUCCUCCAAAAGAAAAUUCAAGGGUUCAAAGGUCAAUAUUAAUUUGGCAUUUCUUGCUGUUGUCGUUGUUGAUGAUGAUGAUGAUGACGACGAUGACGACGAGGUUGAGAGAGGUCAAGAAAGAUAGCGAGCUUUUUUUCCGCUUGGGAGGAGAGGGAAAGGGUUUCCUGCAACAACACAAGAAUCAUCAUAUUUCGUGUACUUUAUCCCCACGCUGUUGUUGCUGCUGCUGCUGCUGCUGCGACGUUGACAAGCAACCCGAACCGAUCGAAAGAGGCGUUGAUCUUUUGUUUUUGCUCUUUUUUUCCCUCUCUCUUCGGCAUGCUAUGUCUGGGAGCGCCAUGGAUCCUCCUCUUGCCCGGGAGAGGUGAUGGCGACUCGUGGACGUACGGUGUGGGUUGGUUGAUUGUUGAUUGAUUGUUUGUUUGUUUGUUCCUAGGUAUAUCGUCCACGUUCUUUUACCCCUUCUUUACAUACUUUGUAAAUGUAUAUAUUUGCAACAAGAUGCACAAAA